AAACACACUUUUUCCGUCCAAACCGCAAAAACGUAUUUUCCGCCAAACCCAUAAAACUUAUUUUUCUGCCAAAUACACAUUUCCUCAAAAAUCGCAAAAAUAUUUUCGGCGAAAACCGUAAAAAUGCUAUUUUUCCACUGAAACGUAAAAAAAUAUAUUUUAGUCAUUUUAUUAACAAGUCCACCCGGAUGCAGAUGAAAAUUAAAAAAAUGACAAACAAACGAACAUAGUUGCAUUCAGAUGAUUCAUCUGGAUGCAUGGACGAAAUGAAGAAACGAACAACAUCCAGAUGGAGCAUCUGGAUAAAACAUCUAGAUGGACCAUCUGGAUGCAUCUUCCAGAUGUACAAACGAACAAGGCCUAAUAAUAAUGAAGUGGUCUCGAAAGAUGAGCUGGGGAUGCGGAAGCAGCACCAGGCAGAGCUUGCACGCCGGAAGAAUGAAGAAACUGUCAGAAGGCUUGCUGGUGACGGCAGCUCCGGUUCUACUGCAAAGACUUCAGCUGAUUCGGUUGCCUACAAGAACGUUGACGAUGUGCCUCAACCUCGUGAUUUUAUGAUGAUGAUCCAGGUUGAUCAGAAGAAGGAGGCUGUAUUGUUACCCAUCUAUGGUGGCAUUGUUCCAUUCCAUGUGUCGACGAUAAGAAGAGUCUCGAACCAGCAGGAUAGCAUCCGUAUUAUUUUCAGUGUCCCGGGUACAACUUUGAAAAACCAGGGUGCUAUAUACCUUAAAGAGGUUUCGUUCCGGUCCAAGGAUUCAAAGCGUAGCAGUGAAGUGGUUCAGGCGAUUAAGACCCUUAGACGGCAAGUCAAAGCCCGAGAGUCUGAAAGAAUGGAAAGGGGGACGCUGGUGAACCAGGAGAAGCUUCAGCUUGCAGGAAACAAGUUCAGACCCCUCAGGCUGUCUGGUCUGUGGAUCCGCCCGCAGUUUAGUGGUAGGAAGAGGGUUCCUGGGGCACUCGAAGCUCAUGCCAAUGGUUUCAGAUACUCAACGACUAGGCCUAAUGAGAGGGUGGAUGUCCUGUUUGCAAACAUAAAACAUGCGUUUCUCCAGCCGGCUGAGAAGGAGAUGCUCACUAUACUGCAUUUCCACUUGCACAACCACAUCAUGGUGGGAAACAAGAAGACAAAGGACGUCCAGUUUUGCGUGGAGGUGAUGGAUGCUGUGCGGUCUCUAGGCGGUGGUGGAAGGAGAUCAUCAUCAUCAUCGGCCUAUGAGUAUGACCCAGACGAGAUUCAUGAAGAGCAGAGGGAGCGCGAUAGGAAAAACAAGAUCAACGUGGAUUUCAAUCAUUUCGCAACACGUGUCAGUGCUCUUGAGUUUGAACAACCGUUGAGAGAGCUUGGUUUCUCUGGCGUCACGGACAAGGCACGUGUUUUCAUCGUCCCGACAUCGAGCUGUUUGGUUAUGCUCACCGAAGCCCCGUUUUUGGUGGUUAGUCUGAGUGAGGUUGAGAUUGUGAAUCUCGAGAGAGUCGUGUUCGGGAACACGAGCUUCGACAUGGCCAUAGUCUUCAAGGACUUCAAGAAAGAUGUCCUCAAGAUCAACGCAAUCGACACAACUUCUCUAGAAGGGAUAAAGAAGUGGCUUGACGCUAUCGAUAUUAAGUACUACGAGAGCAAAGCGAAUCUCAUGUGGAGAACGAUCCUCAAGAGAAUCACGGAUGAUCCUCAGGGCUUUAUAGACGAUGGAGGUUGGGAGUUUUUGAACUUGGAAAGAAGCGAUUCAGAACCUGAGGAGUCAGACCAAGGAUAUGAGCCACCAGAUGCAGAGGAUGAGUCUGAGUCGGAGGAUGAGGAUUCUGAGAGCGAGUCAGAGGACCAAGAAGAAGAAGAAGAGGACUACUGAAGAAGAGAAAUGUAAGAGACUUGGGGACGAUUAUCAGUUCGAUUCCUAUAGAAAAAAUAAUGGACUAGAGUAUGUUUAGGUUACAAUUGUUUUUUGUAAUAAUCCUUUUUCUUAUAUUAUAAUUUACAUCAUCGUUCACAACUAUGAUUUAGCAAAGAAGAAAUAUUACAAAUAUAUUCCACCUCUCUAGAAAACCAAUCUUGUCUUCGGACAACUAAAGUAAUGUGGUCUUUGUUCUCUAAUGGAUUUUUGUUUUUUAAUUUAAAAAUAGAGUAAUUGUAUAAUUGUGUUAGAUUUGUGUUCUUUUUUUUUUUUAAACAACCAAAUAACGGUUCGUACAAGAAUAUAAUCAACCAAGCAGGAGGAGUAAUAUAAAAUACAGAAAGAUUAUUUCCUUGUUUAGCUUUCUUAGCUAGAGCAUCAGCAGCUUGAUUUCUUUCACGAUUUAUCUGAUCAAGGGAACAUUCUGGUAAUAAACUCAUCCAAUACCUGAUAUCUGUUAAGAUAUUACCUAACUCCAUACUCCAGGCCGAUUGAUUAAUAAUCUUGGUUAACUCCAUAUUAUCUCCUUCAAACCAAACCUGUCUCCAUCCUUUUAUCCAAAUAUUCUGUAAUGCAUACAGAAACGCAUGUGCUUCACCAUCCAGACUUGAUCUCAAACCACUAAUUUUUGCAGAUCCAGCAGCUAUGAAGUACCCUUUAUCAUCGCGAACAAUCCAUCCAACUCCUGUAAAUUCUGAAUCUCUUUUAAAACUACAAUCAAAAUUACAUUUCAACCAUCCAGUAGGAGGAGGAAUCCAUUGACUACAUUUGAAACGUUGCGGAGGAUCCCUUGCUGAUUGGAAUAUUACGUUUUGAUGCCAUUCUUCAUUCGAAUCCCAAGCUCUUCUCAAAUCUUCUAUAGGUUGCUGAUUCCUCUUGUUAAACAAAUACUCAUUCCUCGACUUCCACACAAACCAAAUAAUCCAAAACGGUAACAAACCAAUCCUUGUAUCUUCCUUAUUGUCUACCAUAAAUCUCAUCAUCAGCUUAAUGUUUUCUUCUAAAUCUCGUGUAAGCAUAUUACCGAUAGGG